AUGAUGGGCUCCCCCCGGACACCGGGAGCCACGGCUGUUUUGAAAGCCACGAUUUUCCUCCUCAACAUCAUCUCAGCUGUUGUGGCCAAAAGGCACGUGGUUUACUGGAAUUCUACAAACGCAAGGUUACUAGCAGGAGAUCUGUCCGUCCAGAUGAAUCUCAAUGAUUACCUGGACAUCUACUGCCCCCACUAUGCUGAAAAUGGUGCCCCAGGUCCUGACCAGCCUGAGAUGUUGGCUCUCUACCUGAUAGGAGAAGAAUCAUUCCAAGGCUGUGUGGAAACCAGAGGGGCCAUCAAGCGGUGGGAAUGUAACGCCCCAUUUGCUGCGUUCGGCCCAGUGCGUUUCUCCGAGAAGAUCCAGAGGUUCACUCCCUUCUCACUGGGCUUCGAGUUUCUACCAGGGAGACAUUACUACUAUAGCUCUCUGCCCACAGAUGAAGGCCCUCCUCUGCCAUGUAUGAAGUUACGUGUCACAGUGUGCUGCGCGCCCACAUCAGAGGGUUCAAAACAAAUACAAGAAACUCGAAGCAGAGUUUCCUCUCUGCGGGCAGCUUCACUUCCAGUCAUCCUCCUCAUCCCCCUCUUCCUAACUACAUGACUUGUCCGUCCUCGACGUUGACCUGUCUCCCGUGGUACACAGUGCAAUCUGUGCUCAGACAAUGAACGAUUCCAAGCAAUCUAAGCUACAGCAAACUAUAGCAAACGACGCGUGUUAGCAUGUGGUUGUGUUCCUGUGAAAUUUAAGCGAGAACCUUCUCCAGAGCAGGGCCACGUUGGCUCAGGGACUGACACACUGAAUCAUGGUGCUGCGUUUCCUGCUUUUCGUCUCAUCUGUUGUGCUGGUAAUAAAGCAGAAAAUGACCUGCUCGGCCAGGACUUGUCAAGAGUGACACCGCUGGCUUUGCCAGAAAAACAAUGUGUCUGAACUUGCAUGAACAAAGUUUUCACUUUUUCAAUCUUGGUUUUUCAUUUAAUGUUGCUUUUUUUCUGCUUUUUUUUAUACAGCUAUGGUGUUGCAUUUACUGUUUUCUAAAAAACCUGUCUCCAGCUGAAAAAUUGCCAAAUAAACAAACUCUACUUUAGUGAGUGGCUCAGGUUGGAGGUCAAUUUGUGGGGGACAUUCUUCUGCCGACGUGCUGUACAUGAACGGAGUCAUUUUUUGAUGGCCUCAUUUGCAUCAGAGCUAGAUAAUUGUGUUUGAUUUUUGUAUAGAUUUGUAAAAAUAAAUAAAAAAGGUAUUUUGUGGGAAAUGGGGAAUACUGUAGAAGAGCGAGGAUGGGCUGCUGCGCCCCCUGCUGGGAUUAAACUGGCUUCUGAAGCUGGACACCUUAUUUUGGUUGUGUUCAGUGCUAACCAGAGAUGGGACAUGGUUUGUCCUCCCUGAAUAGUUAUUCUGUUUUUGUGUCUGUGCACACUUCAUCUUUCUUCAGAACACAGUGCAGAACAGAGGGGUUUUUGGGUAAAUGGAAUGAAUUGGCCUCACUGGAAACACUGAAGGCUGACUGGUUUAUCGGCCUUCCAGAUGCACAAAUAUAAACUCUAGCUUCUUUGUUGUUUUUUCUUAAAAGAUCCAUUGAUCUUACUAUUGAUGUAUUGUUAAUAUUCUGUAAAUUCAGUUAAAUUAACUGCAUACUUCAUACCAAGAAAAGCCAACUCCAUUUUCAUAGAGUUGUCAAAACGAUGAAUAACUUCUUCAGAAUAGAUGUAUAGCUGUAACACUGAGGGAUACAGUUGAUGUAACUGUAUUUUCUUUUUUUCUUUUUUUUACUAUGGAUGCUACAACUAAAUUUCUAAAGGUGUCUUUUAUUGUGUUUGAUUAAAAAAAAAAUUCUAAGAGACCAUUUAAUGGUUUGACCAAUUUAUCCCAAAAAUUAAUUAAAAAACAGUGACUUUAAAGUUCUUGUUUUUUGUGUAGUGGUUUUGUGUAUAUUCUUUAAGUUUACAUUAAAUUUAUGUAUUUAUAAUUUUACUUUUUCAUCAUUUAUUGGUCUUGUUUAAAAAUCUAAAGGCUAAUUGUAAAGUUUACUGUUGUUUUAAAAACAGCACUUUUAGUUGUUAAUAUAUAUUUUUCUCAGAUUAUUCUGUUUUCAAAAUGCUGUCAACAACUCCAAUCUUUUUUUUUCAUCUCCCAAAAUGGACGAUUAAACACAAUGUUUAACAUUCUCUGACUCAACUUAGUCUUGUAAAGGUGUAUGGAUGUAGAAGUAGGAUUUGUUCUGUUUUUUUUGUGUCUUUUUUGCUUUCACACUUCAGUGAAAAAUAUAGCUUCUUCUGUGAAGAGCCAACUGCAAUCUGAGCCUUUUUUUUUUACGUGGCAGAGCAAUAAAAUGAAUACGAUUAC